CGGUCUUUUUACAUUGAUUCUCACCUAAGCGUUUAAAAGGGGAUACUUAAGGUAAAGACGACGAUUGACUGUCGCGCAACAUCUCACCAUUUCGCUCGUCAGGCACGGGGUUAGUGACUAAUCCAACCCCUACUCAUCUUCGCCGGUUACCAACGAAACCCGCAUUCCGGACUCCAUAUGGCUCCUUGAGGAGCUAGCCCUUCUUUCCGAUUUUGCGCCUGCGACAAUUCUCCUUUUUUUGAGCUCCCCUGUUACCCAUCACAAUGGUCGGAACGCCCCGCAGAACCGGUUGCGACACUUGCCGAAUCCGGAAGAAAAAGUGCGGAGAGGAAUAUCCCGAAUGCAAGGCCUGCGUCUCCGCUAAAUUCCCAUGUCCCGGGUACGCCAAAAACUGGAAAUUCGUGCCGCAGAACGAACGCCUUGCUUCGAUGUAUAAGCCACAUCUCCACGGCUCCAAGAGGAGGAGAACUGGUGCAGUAGCUGUUACCUGGUGGUCUGUGGAAAAGGACCCAUAUGCCGUUGCCGAUUUGUCCAAAGAUAAUGGAUUCCAGCAUUACUUUCAACCGGGGAUAUGCAUCUUCGGACCAUCAGGCCACGAGAGAACCGCGUAUCUCCUUGGGUCCCUUCUGCAUGAUUGUACGGCUAGAAUAGCGGUGCCGCUCGUUGCUCAGGGCUCGUUCUAUGAGGAGUUACCUAGACGUUUGGGUAGAAAUCCAGCGCUGGAUGCCUCGGUGGCGUGCCUCUGCCAUAUCUGGCUGGACGUUGCGAUGAAGCGCAACACCGAUUCCAAAGCUGUGGCCUUGUAUGUGGGAGGCUUGAAGGCACUUGCAACUUGCUUGGAUGAUGCCCGGACCCAGUACGAGUCGGAGACGAUAUGCGCGUCCAUCAUCUUGCAGAUGUGCGAGCUUGCGUUGAACGCAGACAACGGACGCUGGGCCAAUCUCACCAGGGGUACAAAGCUGUUGAUUCAGAACUGUGGGCCCGACCGAUUUACAAGUCCCUUUGAGCAUUCCAUGCUCGAUUCACAACGAGCAUAUUUUAUAUGCCACGACAUGAACGACAGCCAACACUGCUUCCUCUCCCAACCCGAAUGGCGGCAGGUAUUCUCCGACACGCCGACCUUUCCUACAGAACGAGCCAGCUUCUCCCUACGGUCAGCAGCCUGCGACUUAUUCGUCGACGUCCCCGAAAUCCUUUUCCAGGGAACUAGGCUGCGAGACGAGGAGAGAGAGGGGCCCGAAUCUCGUUUACAACUCCUCCAUCAAGCAACUACCAUGCACGACGCUAUAGAAGCGUGGUACCAUGAGAACCUUCUGCCGCUCAUAUCGUCUGAUCCCUCGAUACCGAACGAAGCGCAGAAUGCGUCUCAGCGCCGAUACGACGACAUUCUGAUGGCGGUGUUGGAUUCCAUCUCCAACACUGUGCUCGUCAGCCUGCGUCUCUUGAUGGCGUGCUUGAUGUCCGAUUUACCUGCUGGCUAUCCUGGCAGACCGGAUAUACCCGUUCCUCGCCUGAGUAUGGCGGAGCGCUUGGUUGUUUCUCAGUCCGCGCUGGCGCAUGUCCAGAGGCACUCGCAGCUGGCGUCGAAACCGUUGGAGUUUAGUCUGAAUUUGAUACGGUCUUAUACGAAUGGGGCGUGGGCGGGUGGUAUAUGAGGAUGGAGGGAUGAUGGGCUUCAUUGCUUUUGGGAGUUAUGUGAGGGGAAGGGAAGGGGGAACGGUCGUCUCAUCUCUAGAACAAAUGGCAGUGGGCUAGUGCUGGACCGGCACAUAAAUAGAAUAUCACCCCAAGUCUAGCAUUUCAGACGAGUAACGGGAAGGAAAAGCUCGCUGCUGGUAAAAACACGGUGUACGAGGACGAGCACCAAGGCAGGCUACGCUUCUUAAUACAGUCUUAUUCGAAUGGCCUUGUGGUAUAUGAGAAUGGAUGGACGGUGAAUUCCGUUGCCUCUGGGGGCUAUGUAUAGUAGACGGGAACGGGAAGGGGGGUGAUGUUCAUCUCAUCUCUGGCACGGAUGGCAGUGGAUUGGUGCUGGACCUCGCAUAUGGAUAGAAUGGG